AUGAAUGCAGAGCUGGAAGAGGAAGAGGUCGGUCUAGACCGACUAGACCAGCGAAGACGACAGGAACAGGAUCGGAAACAUGAAGAAUCCCAAGCCACUGGCAUCUGGACUGGCUCGUCCGACCUGGAACACGACUCAAUCAACGAAGAGAGACGCGGAGACAGCGACCGGGAGCCGGCACACGUGUCACUGGGCCAGGGCAACCCGGUAGAGCACUACAGCUCCUUCUUCGAGGUGCCCGACGCCAUCUACGACAAGUUCCCGCCCCACCGCAAAGCCAUCAUCGUGGCGCUGCUGUCAUUCUGUGCCUUUCUGUCGCCCAUCUCGAGCACGUCGGUGCUGGCCGCCACCCCCGAGGUGGCCGCCGAGUACAGCACCGAUGGAUCCAUCAUCAACGUCGUCAACGCCGUCUACUUGCUCAUGAUGGGCAUCUCGCCCAUUAUUUGGGGGCCCAUGAGCGAGGUAUACGGGCGGAGAAGGAUAAACCAGAUCUCUGCCGUCUUAUUUUGCGGCUGCAGCAUCGGCACAGCCCUGGCGCCCAACCUGGUCGCUUUCUUUAUUUUCAGAAUCUUGACGGCCUUUCAAGGGACGGCCUUCAUCCUCGUCGGGUCGGCAUGCAUAGGCGACAUCUACCGGCCUACGGAGCGUGCUACAGCGCUGGGCUGGUUCAUGUCCGGAACCCUCAUCGGGCCCGCCUUUGGGCCCUUUGUCGGGGGCAUCAUCGUGACGUACACGUCGUGGCGCGUCAUCUUCUGGCUGCAGGCUGGCCUGGCCGGUGUCGCGGCAGCGGGCACGUUCACAGCGCUUCUGCCCGAGACGAUCCACCAGCGCAAGAGCGACCACCUGGUUGGUCUCGGGCCGCGGAAACGGGCAGUCGUGCUCUGGAGCAUGGUCAACCCUGGGCGGGUGCUGGCUCUCCUGAUCUCGUACCCGAACCUCGCCGUAGCCAGCAUCGCCUCGUCGGCGGCUAUCUGGAACAUGUACUCGCUACUCACGCCCAUCCGCUACGUGCUAAACCCGCGGUUCGGGCUGGAGACACCCAUGCAAGGUGGCCUCUUCUAUCUCGCCCCCGGGUUCGGCUAUCUCGUUGGAACUACGGUUGGCGGGAGGUGGGCUGAUCACACUGUUAAGAAGUGGAUUGCUUGCCGCAAUGGUGUGCGCGUGCCCGAAGACCGGUUGCGUGCGGCGGUGCCCUUUUUGGGCAUCGCGAUACCCGUGUGCGUGCUGAUCUACGGAUGGGGGGUGGAAGAGAACGUGGGCGGGAUUCCGCUGGCGGUGGUGACGCUGUUCCUGCAGGGCGUGUCGCAGAUGUUCUGCUUCACGUGCCUCAACACGUAUUGCCUUGACGUUAUGCAAGGGCGAAGCGCCGAGGUGAUUGCGGGCAACUACUUUGUGCGGUACUCAUUCGCGUGCGCCGCCACGGCCUGCGUGCUGCCGGCCGUCCGCGCCAUCGGCGUCGGCUGGUUCUCGACCGUCAGCGCCCUCUUCCUCGUCGCCGCCGCCGCGUCGACCCUCGCCACCAUCCGCUGGGGCAAGGGAUGGCGCGACAGGGUGGACGCGAAGCGCAGGGUCAAGAGAGCCGCCGACCACGCCAUCACGAGCAAGGAGCUCGGGGAAGGGAAAGCGGAGGAAGGGAAGGGGGAGGAAGAAACCGGGGUGUAA